UAUUUCUCGGGCCUGAUUUCCGACCUGAUAAAGUGUGGAUGUAAUUGGCACUAUAGUUUUGUUUUCGUCAGUCAAUCAAACAAACCAAACCAAACCGUGAAUGAAACCGAAACGAACUGCCAAAAAGCCCAAAAGCACAAGUAGCUAAACGAACGACACGAGUAGGGAAUCGGUAACUAGUAUUUUAAAUCUUUUAUGUAUGGAUUCUUAAAAAUAAAUUAUUUAAAAUGGGUGCAAACGUGUGUCUGAAAGUGGUUAUACCAAUAUUAAUAUUCGGAGUUGCUUCGGUAUGUUCAGAGUGUACGAUUCCGAUUGUUUUACGGAAUACUUGGUUUUCUUUUGAAAAUGGAAAGCAAACUAUUACCGACAUCAACGCAAGCGAUAUGACUGGAAGGGGAGUCUGCCAAAACAUCAAAGCCGAUUUUCACGUAAACUACACGAUGGUUUUUAAGUACACAAAUUGUUAUUACUGCGUGAAGUUGAUUGUGAGGACAGUCAAUGUCCUGGAGAAGCUUGAGACGCCCUGUGUCGAUCUGGCGUUAGAUGAAGAACCAACAGUUGAAAGAGUGUGCAGGGGUUUGAGAAAUGACCAGCAACUAGUAACACUGUUUUCUGAGAACUAUAUCCCAGUGAAUUGCCGUUCAUCAUUAGAAGGUGUGUGGACAUUUGGAUACCAGAACCGAUUCAGGUUCACAGGAGAGUGCACCCACCCCGAUGCACAGAUCAGGUCCUGUCAGACCGCAGGCACACAGUUCUUGAUCACAAACCAGAAGUUCAACAUCACUUACCGCAAAUGCCCUGGAAUGUCCGGAACAUUUGAUGGAGUUGUGGAGUACAGUUGCUUAGGGCAUUGGUUUGUUGGUAAAAACCAAUUCUUUGCUGUGGCCAACACUAAGGAAUCUCGGAAAGAUGAGAGAUACCGGUGCUUCCUUAAGAACAGAGAUGAUGACUUGUACCUUGGCGCAUCCAUUACUCCUGACUGUAAUGCACUGAAGACUGUUGAAAAGUCCCCAGAGAGAUACAAAGUCACCCCUGUUAAGUCGGAAGUGGUUGAACCUGGUUGUAGGCUACCUCAAAACUUCUCUGGAGACUGGAUCAACACAGCCAACAUUGAUGCAGAUGUGUUUAUAAAUGAAACACAUAUAAUAGAGACGUAUUACCCUGAUGAGGACAGAUAUAGAAGAACUAUCUAUGUCUGCCGGGAACAGCGCGACAGCAGAGUGAUGAUGGCUCGCCUUACAGUGGAUGGCUGUCAAAAAGAUUAUGUUUGCUUUGAUUUUGUGCCACAGCAUCACAAUAUAAUAAGAUACCGCAAAGGUCUUGCUAUGAUCCAGAGUAAUUUCCAUACAGUGUGCUCAUGGGUGCAGUUUCCUAAUAAGAAACAAUGGCGCUAUGACCUUUUCCUUAAAAAGGAUCCGUCGCCCAUCCGCUGCCCUGUUGCUGGAAAGUUCAACUUUACUCAAAGAGGCGAUGUCAGAUUCGAGACUAGGAUCCUUGGCGGUGUUACAUUGAGCCCUCGUCCAAACUUGUACUGCAAACUGAAUAUAAGUGACUUCUCUGUCUGUGAUACCGACCAAAAGACUAUACAAAUCAAAGAAAAUUACUGCCUCUCAGUGGACUACCUGGGCCGACCGGUGGAUAUUUACAGUGAUCCUGAUUAUAAAAUGAAAUGCAUUGGCUACUGGAAAGAAAAUCUAAAGUCUUAUCUUAUUACUUAUGACGAGUUGGAUCCUUUCUCCAAGUACAGAUGUUGGGUGUAUCAAAGAGCCGAUCUUAAUAGAAUAUUGAUGUCUCAGGCUAUAGGUCCUUUUUGCGAUCUCAAGCAGGAUGUGACGUCAUGGAAUUACACAGAGGGCGCCGCAGUCGCCGUGGAGAUGGAGGAGUACGAGAGAGAGCGUGACCAGUGCCCGAUGCACUUUGACGAUGGCAGCGACCCGUGGACCACCAAAGAGAAUUAUAUCAAAAUAUUUAAAUUUAGUUACUCAUUUUGGAGGAGUAACGACGCAACAUUUCUAGCUUUAAGCUUUAAAACAUUUAUACUGGCUGUUCUUAUACAGCUGUUAUAAUAUUUAGCCCAAUAUCAAAAUUGUGGUUAGCGUUGUGCUAGAUCACAUGACAUCAAAUAACGUAAGUUUUGUAAUUGGCACUUAGUAAGACAACUUAUUGAAUUUUAUUUCUGAACGAACUAUUCUGUAGUACGGUAUAAAGUUCGAAUUACGCUGUAAUUUAGUUUAGAACCACAUUAUGACGAUACUUAAUUUACAUUUUACACAUUUACUGUAAAACUUUAUAUUUAAUGUACACUGUGCAGCUGUGUUGUGCUUUUAAUGUAGAUGUAAGCUAAAGUGAAUCUCAUUUAUUUUCAUUUUUUACAAUUUUCUCUCACUUUUACCACUAGAAUAUACUAAAUAAAAAAUAUAUACAUUUAUGUUAGGUAUGUGCCUUAAUUAGAAAGUAACAAUGGUAGUAUAUAAUUAUAUACUUAGUCAUUUUAUGUUUCGAAUUAUAUUAAAGACUGUUCGUUUUAUUGUUGACUAGAUAAUCAUCCGUCCUAGUAUGUGAUUAUGUGCCUUGUUUUUAAAUUUAUCUCUGGCAGUUUUGUAAAUAAUGAUAAUGAAAUCCAUUCACAUUCCAUGUUAAAUCCGUCCAAAAUAAAUGAUUAUGUAUCAAUUUAUGUAUAUGUAUACAAAAUUUGUCAUUUUUACGUUUUUUGUAGAAAAUAUUCUUAAGAGGAAAUGGGAGCUGAGCCCUUGAGAAUUUCAGGCGAAUAUAUCCGCCGCGCUAACGGGGGCGGCUCCUAAAAUUUGCGCGAUAAAUCCUGCGUAAAAAUCUCAGAAAUCGAGGUUUCGUACUCGACUGUUUCCUCCUACAAAACUUAACCAUUCGUAACGAAAUUUUAAAAUCUAAGUACUUAAUGAAAUUGCCUGUGUUGGACUGUUUUGUUUUUUGGCGGCGAAAUCAAUUAGGCCGUUUUUGCGAUGUUAGAAGAGCUCUAGCGCUUUAAAAAAACAAUUAAGUAAGAGUCUGACACAGAUAUUGAUAGUAUUAAUGUGUUGAAAGGCAAUAUAUCUAGGGUUAAAAAUCUCAGAGGAAAAAGAGUAUGUUUGUAUGGAGAAAUUACCAAUUUACCACUCCCAUAUCCUCUUAAGAGCUCAGGUUUUCUUUCAAAUUUCUACAAAAAGAAAAUAUUUUGUACUAAGCCUGAUUUUAUUUUCGUUAAACUUACACAAUAAAGAUUAUAAAAUGAAA